AUGGUGGAUGCGCCUACUCUCAACAUGACAAGGCCUUCGGUAGCGCGUUUUUGUGUUGAAGUUGACCUUACAAAAGAGUUCCCAAAAUCUGUGAAGGUGGGAAAGAAAGACCGACCAUCAUCGUCUGGACUUUCUGCUAAGGAGAAGAAGAUGAUUCUGGUUGAUGUGGAUGAUACUACAGCAGAAGAUCAAUCCAAAGAGGCUUCCCGUUUACCGGAUUCUCCCCUGCAAUCCAAGGAACCAGGUAGCGCGCCAAACCCUAGCGCGCAGGCCGUUGAGGAGAAGAACAGGUAUUCGGUUUUGCCUACGAUUCUGGAGAUUGAUGAUGAAAUAGGAUCAGAUGAAGAGUUUAUUGAAUGA